AUGCGAUGGCCACCAUGGGCUUCCGAAUCGCAAGCCCGAGAACAACAAGAUGAACAAAACAAAACGAACUGGAACAAAUCCCUCAAUGCGAUUGACUGGGCCGCAUUCACCGAACCCAGGACUUUAAUUCCCACUCUGAUCCUCACGACAGGAAUCGUCGGCGCACUGCAGAUCCGCCGCCGAUACCUGCGCCGUUUCCCCGACGCCGUUAGCAUUUCGCCAUCGUAUUUCCGGAAGAGGACCAUCUUGGGCCAAGUGACGAGCGUCGCGACGGCGAUGGUUUCAGACUAUACCACACACCCGGAGGAAGACUGGCGGGAUGGGAUCUCCGUUCGCUUAGCUGGUGUGGAUGCGCCGGAACUCGCGCAUUUCGGUCGCCCGGAGCAGCCUUAUGCUCGGGAAGCUCAUGAAUGGUUGACGUCGUACGUUCUUAAUCGCCGUGUUCGGGUCUUGGUGCAUCGGCAGGACCAGUAUCAGCGUGUGGUGGCUUCUGCGUACGUGCGACAGGCCCUCGAUUUCCCGAUUCCUUUUCGUCGUCGUGAUGUGUCAUAUGAGAUGUUGACGCGGGGAUUGGCUACUGUGUAUGAGGCGAAGGCGGGUUCUGAAUUUGGCGGCCCUGAACUGGAACGGAAGUAUAGAGAGGCGGAAUCUAUAGCAAAACGGAAGGGUACGGGUCUGUGGAAGGAAUAUCGUCGCAACCGCAAAGGUUGGGAGAGUCCGCGUGAGUAUAAGACUCGUAUGGAGGCGCAGGGUAAGGGCGAUUGA